AUGAAAAGUGAAUGCAACUCGGUACAAAAUGAGCCUGAAAAGAUUCCAAGUGUUUUUUCGGGAAUGUUCUCUCUUCUUCACGAAAGAGUAGACACCAACUCAGAAUCUCUGUGUUUUAAACUCCCCAAUAUUUUUGAGGAGCUUCAAGCACCUCAACCUAUACAUACUCCACUUCUUCCUAGUGUAAUGAUGCCGGUCCCACAGAGAGCAACUAAAGAAAACACAGCUUGUCCACACAAAAACAGAAAGCAUUAUGCUAACUUCCGCUUAAUUAGCCUGAAGCAUAUGGUAACAGAUCAUUUUUUUAUAAAGUAGUUAUUUUUUUUUUCUCAUAUAAUUAACUCGAGGCAUUUAAAAAAAAGAUUAAAUAAUAAAGCAACUUCUUUCAUAUUUUAAUUAAAAUUUUUCAAAUUUGGAAAUAAAUAUCUUUAGCGAUUAAACAAUAAGAUUUUUUCCUUUCACAAAGUUGAAAGUAAGAAUAUGUGCAAUAACUGCUACCAUAGGCUUGGUAGAGUCAAAGCAGCUUGGGCUUGCCCACAUACAGAUAGAAGGCAUUAUGCUAAAGGUAAAUGCCAAUUUUGCUAUAUACAGAGCUAUCAUAGAGAUAGAGUUUUAAGGGAGGACAGUGAGCUUAAAUUUGAAAGUUUGAACUCAUAA